CUCGACUUUGGAACGACCAGCAGGACACGUGAGGAUCUCAGACUGCGGGACGGCCCUAAUUUGGGACAAAACCCAGACAAGCUUUAAAAGUGACCAAUAAAAUCUUACAAUCACCCGCCGAGAAAGACAGAUUUAUUGGUGAAUCCAGAGAGGAGGACGCUAAGAGUUAUCGAAACGAGUGAAGAUGAGAGCAUGGAUCACCUUUACCAGGAUUGCUUGGGGUAUAUUGAUUUAAUCUGGGAGAAAGACCUUUAAUGAAUGAAACAAGAUUGGACAAGAUAGAAAAUAUCUUUUUUUUCUGUAAUUGUGUUUGCUUUUUUCAGCCAUAAAAAUACACAAAUGAUUUUUUCAGUCCCCAUUAUAACCAGAUUAAAAAAACACCCCACAUGAGCUGUAAGGAGAAAAAUUAAGCUAAACUUUAAAAUGAUAUAUAGAGGGGUUAAAUUAGCGUAUUAUAUUUGCGUUCUUUCGCUUUCUGGUUUUAUGUAUAUUACUUUAUUCUUCGAAAAUGAAGAUUGAUGCGUUUGGGGAUAAAAACUACAACUCCCAUGACGUCUUCAGCCUCGGUCGCGUAGGUGUUUCCGGUGUCUUAUGACAUUUUACUUCCUUCCACACAGACCGACACGAACAAAUCGAGAAAGAAGACAUCGCUAACUUUUAAAAGCUGUAGUUUACAGUCACAUUUUUAGCUAAGUUUUCGUUUUAUUGUCGUCUUAAAAUGCGCGUAAUGUCGCGAGAGGUGUCUGAGAACUGAGGUAUCGCUGAAAACCGUUGACGUAGCGUGCAGGCCUCUGAAGAAAGUUUGGUCGCGGGCCUGUAAACAACAUGUCCUCCGCCUCGCAGUCCUCCUCUAGACGGCAAUGGUGCUACCUCUGCGAUCUGCCCAAGAUGCCCUGGGCCAUGCUGUGGGAGUUCAGCGAGGCAGUCUGCCGGGGAUGUGUCAACUACGACGGCGCGGACAGGAUAGAGCUCCUCAUCGAGACUGCCAGGCAGCUGAAGAGCACUCACGGGGUUUUAGACGGCAGAUCCCCCGGUCCUCCGCAGGGGAAACCCAGCUCUGCGGGGCCCAUUGAAGCGGGGCGGCAGCAUGCAGAGCGUAUAGAGAGGGGGAGGGGUGAGUAUGGGGUAUCCUCUCGCCUCCCGAAUGGGCUGCACAGAGCUGAGGAUGUGGCUCUGUCAGAGGGCAGCAGACAGAGCCCAAACACUCGCAGGGCUGUGGUGGGAGCAGUCCCCAGUCUCCACGGCACCAUCUCCCACGCUUUGAUAGCUCAGGGGUUAGUGGCAGCCCCACAUGGCCUCCUAGCUCCAUUAUCAGGCUCCAGGGCAGGGGCCACACCUAUUGCAGUCUCAGCUGGUCCCAUAAUGGGUGAAGCUGGCAGGAGACAGGCUGUGUCUCUGGGUGUGGGGGCCAGCACCUCAGCCCUGGUGGGCAUCGACCCUGCAGUGUGGAGGAACAAUGAGGUAAUGGCUGAACUGAAUGAGGUGGCUCGCAGCAGGGUCGAAGGCUGGCCCAACCGUCCCAAAGCAGUCCGGGAUGUCCUCGUAGCUCUCAGCAGCUGUGUUCCCUUCAACGUCCGCUUCAAGAAAGACCACAACCUGAUGGGUCGGGUCCUGGCUUUCGACGCUAGCAGCACCCCAGAGUUUGAGCUGAAGGUGUUUGUGGAGUAUCCAGCUGGCUCUGGGAUGAUCUUCUCAGGAGUCCCAGACCUGGUCAGGCAGAUGUUUCGAGACUCGGCCAAAGACGCAGGUAAAGUGGUGAACUCUGGGCUCCGUUAUGUGGAGUAUGAGAAGAGGCAAGGCUCGGGAGACUGGCGUGGACUGUCUGAGCUGUUGAAUGAUGGGGUUCGGAUGUUUAAAGAGCCACCAAUUCCAGAGGUUCUCCCCCAGCCAGAUCCAGGGUUGACCAUGGCAGCAGUUGGGCGUCCUGGACCUGCAAAGGGUGCAACCCGCCGCCGUAAAGCUUCACCAGGCUCUGAAAAUGGAGAGAGUGAAGGGAGACCUGAUCAUCCUGCCAGAGAGCCGUGGCCUCGGGGUGCGUACUCAGGCAUGGAGCCCCUUCCGGGCAUGGCUGCCCCUCCAGAGGGUCCGCCCCGUCUACACAGCCAGCCCUCACCGAUCUCAGCACUCAUGGGUGUCGCAGAAAGCCUGAGCUCCAACCAGAUGGCCAGAGACAGCCCCAGCAUGUCCACAGCCCACUCCUCCUCAGCUGGGCAUCCAACCAGCAGCAGCCCCUCCACCGCCUCCACCUCAGUCUCCCAGGCAGCCAUGGUGCAGGGUCUGAGCACAGCAGGGCAGAGCAGUAACACCAGCGCUGGUGAGUCCACAAGCAGCGGUCAGGGCACGCUGCUAUGUUGCACCCUCUGCAGAGAGCGCCUGGAGGACACUCACUUCGUCCAGUGUCCGUCUGUCCCCCAUCACAAGUUCUGCUUCCCCUGCACCCGAGGGUUCAUCCGCAGUCAGGGGCAAGGUGGGGAAGUAUACUGCCCUAGUGGAGAGCGCUGUCCCCUGGCUGGAUCCACUGUGCCUUGGGCCUUCAUGCAGGGAGAGAUCUCCACCAUCCUGGCCGGAGAUGGGGACGUGACAGUAAAGAAGGAGAGUGACCCUUGACGUCUCCAUCCUCAUGUGGUGAAUGGUAAGACACUGACUGAGAGGAAAUUUGGGAGCACUUCAACAUUAAAUCAAUUUAAUUCAAAAACAGAUUUAUUCACAGAAAUGGUCUUAAUUAUUGAUCAGCAGUCCUCUCAUAUUGAUUGUUUUAGAAAACAAAAACGACACCAGUGUUCCUAAAGAAGUCGUCUUUGGUUUGUUUUCCACUUUAACUUUUGGUGAAAACCAUUGCUUGUAGUUGGUUCAUUAGGAAUUUUAGAUAUCAAGAAAAACUUUUCUUUCAGAUUUUUAAAAUUCAUCAGGUACACAAGAUAAAAAUGUUUCCUUGGAAUCAAGUUAAUUUCUUGCAAAUUUACAGCUUAUAAUGGUGAUCACCACUGAGACAGGAUGACCCAUGCUGACCUAAAACCUUUAUCUAUGAUUAAAUUUGGGUCAUUGUAAUUUCAUUCAGGAAUAUCCCCAUCCAUGCCAUAUUAGUUUUAAAUAUAUAUAUACACACGCGCGCCCCCAGAGUCUUAUCUUAUGAAUAUGUAAAGGUCAUGCGAUGAAAACAAUUUUAUCUGCAGUUGCUAAAAAUAAUUUAAUCAAAAAAAUAUCUCUAAUAAUCCAUUCAGUAAUUUGGCCUGUGUUGAAAUUAAGAUCAUAUGCCAUCAUUGACAGACACACAUUAAAAAACCAUCAUCGUAAUCCAGGCUGCACGCAAUCUAUUUUCCACCUGUAGAUUUUUUUCAACAUGUUGAAAACCAGUCAGUCCUUUUUUCUUUUUUAAAAAGGUUUUAAAGAAAUACUCGAUGUCUUUGCGUCAUUUAAAGAUUUCUUUAACUGAUUUUUGUAGUUUUAGACAGUGACUAUCAUGAGACCACUCUUAGAUGCAGUUUAACAGAAUCAGCUGUUUUGACAAAAGUAGAUCAAAUAAUGAAGAAUCAACAAACUGAACCAUGUCUAGUCAUCUGUACCCUGUGAUAAUUCAUUUUGUCAAGCAGCCUCUCAUUUCGCUAUUGGCUUAAUUUCAGCGUUUUAUCAAAAACAAAUUCAAUGCACUUUCUGAUUUGUCCUGGAUAUUGAACAUAUCCAGAUUUCUAUCAGUAGAAGUGACAGCUUGUAAGAGCAGGAAGACAUGACUUUGUCUUUGUGUUUGCACUUUGUAUAAUAAAGUAAAAACUGUGAAGUCAGAUGUGGAAAUAAAGUUACACUGCUAAAGAAUUGUAUCAGAAUGAAGGAAAGAUUUAAAAGCCAAAAUUUAGAUUAUAUUUGUGAUGAACAGUAUCCAAAUGUUCAGCAUAAAUGUUGUACAGUAGUCCAUUAAUGAAUAUUUAGCAUGAAAGUUGAAAUGGAGAAAACUGGUGCUCAUUGAAUAAGAAUAUUCAAUAUUCAAUAAGACUGAGGUUAAACUUUCAGAAGUAGUUAAAUGCUCAGAGAUCAAAACAUUGUGGGAUAAGUCAUAUGAAGAGACCAAAGUCUAGCUUGGGUUUAAGUUAUAAAACCAAGUGAAAACAUUUAGUGCUGAAUUAUUGAAAACAAAAAAAAAAAAAACAGUGAGAAGAUUAAGGUAAGAUGUUUCAUCUCCUUUUAAAGUGAUCCUGCACAGGGAGGUAUGGUGCAGACAUAAGCAGACAUGAUAAUUAACAGCAAAAAAACAAACCGAGUCAAAGCAACAAAACAAGGUGAUAGAAAUCAAUUCAGGAGAUCCUGCUCAGGAUGAUCCACUAAAUUAGAGAAUUGGAUCAAGAUGUCGGAGUAAAUUAAAAAUUGCCCAGAACGAAGUCAAAAUAAAGAGAUCAACACCUCAACACUGUAAAGCUCGCCUACCUGGAUGUAAGCAAGCACAGACGAUAGACAGUAUUUCAAUGUAGUGCAGUUUGCCAGUAUGUGAUCUAAAAAAAUGGAGAUAAAUUUGGAUUUAAGUUGUAUCUUAUUCAGCAGGCAUACAACCACUUGAACAAAGCAAUGUGGAACCGCAACAGACAUGUGGACUGUCACCUGCAAAAGGACUGAAGGCUGGUGGUGCUAGCCCUGCUAACGUUAGCCACUCUUUGUAUCUUAUUGCACACUCAGUGAUUUGGUGUUUCACAAUAGAUUUUACCCAAAUUUGACUGUUUUUUGAGUGUUUUCUUUCCCUUUGACUUGUAGGUUUGUUAUAAUUUAAAGUUCUCCUGUAAUGACAGUCCUUGGCAAAAUCCAAAAUGUUCCUCACACCCCAAAUUUCUUAUAGUUAAGCUCCAACCUGACACACCAGGUAUACGCAACGCAGGGAGACGCAACAAUUGUGUAUAAUGAUGUUUUGUUUUUUUUAAACAAUUUAGUUAAAACUUCAGACAUUUAAAUGUUGUGAAAAUUGAUAUAUGAAAGUUGUAUUUAUAUAUUUUAUCGUUGUCUCCCCUUCUUGAGGUGAAUGUCUCCAACAAACUUCAUGUCUCUGAUCUUUCUCAGAGACGAUUCCCACGCUGAUUUUUCUUGCAACAUCUGAUCAAAAAAAAAAUAUUUGUCCAACAGGUGACUUAUUUUGUGCUUGUAAAAAAACAAACUAAUCUCCGAAUUAGCUUUCAGUCAUCCUAACCAACCAGCAUUUAAUAUAUGCCAUAAAGAUAAAGACGGGAUGCACCAGAUCCAGCUAAAUGUCAGCUACUGAUAAUAGUAUGUGACACAUCUUAAACCAAUAACACGACAUCUGUCAACAGAGUAAUGCUGUGUUCAAGUUCGAGUCCAUUUAAUGUAAAGUUAAAGAAAUGUAAUUUCAGAUCACUUGAGUUAUGACCGAUUACAAACCGAAUUACAGACACAUCUACAGUAAUAGUCUGCGGUAAGAGCUGCAUCUAAAGGUUACUAGAAUGAACAUUUUUAACAGGCAAGAUGCAAUUUUCAUGGUGAACAGAAAACGUUUUGAAAAUUGAAGCAUUUGUUUAUUUUUUUCAUUUGCUGUUUCUGCUGCUGAUUGAUUGUCAAAAGUAGAAGGUCCACAUCCAAACAAACAUUUAACUAAAUGUGUUAGAUGUGAAGCUGAGAAGUGUUUCUGUUAUUUGAAAAACAAAAAUAUGAAUAUGAAAACUAUAAUAAAGAAGAAAACAGCCAAAUGUGUUGUUGCUGUCAGGAAAGUUAAUGAAUCCUAACCUGUUUUUUUUCUUCUCUCCUCACAGUGGAUCAAACACUUUGAAAGCACUUCCCAAUUACGACAGCAGAGGUCCACUUUGUCUGCAGCUCAUGAUGUGUGCCUCUGAGAGCAGAAAAACUCAGAACCAGGAGGAAGAGGAGGAAGAAGACAGCUACACAAACACAGAAACUAAAGACACAACCAGACUCACUAUGAGCAGAGGGACACGUCCGUCUGUCAGGGCUGCCGCAUCACCACUGAAUGUUAGUCCUGACCAAAAGUUUAAAGCCCAGGAUAGAAGCACACGCUUGUUUUUAAAAACGACAAUCUUCUUUGUCUUUCAUUUGUGUUUUUUGUUCUCGUUGUUGCAUACUACAGAUGGACGGCGGCGGUAAAAGAUAAAUGCAAUUCUUCAAAAAACAAAUGAAUGUUCAAAAUGUGGCAGAAACCAUGGGGUCCUUAAAGCCAAGGAUUAAAAAUGUAAUCCCACAGUAUGUCUCUUAGGUAAUCUCCUUCUAUUGUAUGUCAAAAAUGUGAAUUUACUUUCAAUAUGGCUAUGUAAUUUCUAUUUUUGAUACAAUACAAAAUUUAUAUGUAUUUGUUUAUAGUGAUAAGAAGACCAAAGAUGGCUUCAUGCUCAAUGUAUGUUUAUUGUAUUGUAGCUGUGUAUGCUGUACUCACUGAUAACUUCAGCAUCAGUCACUAAUUUGUUCAUCUAUCACAGACGUAAGCUUGUUUUUGUCUAUUUACUUUUUGAAUUCUAUGUAUGGUAAAGAUAAUUAGCACCACGAUCUUCAAUGGAUAACCCACAUACUCAUGUGAUCUGAACAGGUCAAUUCUACAAUAAAUGACUAAAUAGAUACUACCGCUGCCUUAUUCUGUGACCUGCAGUGUCAAAUAAGCAGCACAUGGUCAAAAGUUUAAUGUUUUUAUGAAACUUAAUUUGACAAAUAAUAAAUGUGAAAACCCACACCAUGGAUCAUAAAAACAGUUAGCUUUUUAUAGGCACAGAACCAACAUUAACCAUUGACCCACAGCUUACUCAAACACUGCGCUGUUAAACUACAAAGUGAGCGGGGAAAUGAAGAGUACUCAGCUGUUUUUAAACAUUAAAAGUGGUUUGGACCCAAAUUUCUAAGUGCAAAAGUAAUGUAACAGCAACAACCCGAGACUGUAUUUGAACUGAUUCAGACUCAGUGACAUCUCUAAUUUGCUUAAGCAGUGGGGUGGGGAAUUUAAGAAUAGCAGUUAAGAGAUAUGAAGUGCUGACUAAUCUUUUUGUCGACCUCAAAAAAAGGGUCUGGAGCCUCCUGGCAAACCGUUUCAAAUCACCCACCUGCCUGUAAACCCAGCUGUA